GCUGCUGUGGGGGCGGUAAGGCGGCGGUCGGACGGGCGCUUCCUCCCGGAUGCAGAACAUCCUCGACCAGAACCUGGACAUGGCGACGGCGCUGCUGGCGGGCGAGAAGCUCAAGGAGCUCAUCAUGCCGGGCUCGUCGCAGGACGAGAAGGGCGGCGCGCUGGCCGGACUCAUGGUGCAGAUCAAGCUGGAGCUGCCCUUCGACCGCGUCGUCACCAUCGGCACCGUCAUCAUCCCCAUCCUGCUCGUCACGCUGGUGUUCACCCGCAACUUUGCAGAGGAGAGCAUCUACUGCUACACGCCGCACAACUUCACGCGUGACCAGGCGCUGUACGCGCGCGGCUACUGCUGGACGGAGCUGCGUGACGCGGUGCCCGGCGUGGAGCCGGUGCUCUGGCCGUCGCUGUUCGAGCACAAGUUCCUGCCCUACGCGCUGCUGGCCUUCGCCGGCAUCAUGUACAUCCCGGCGCUGGGCUGGGAGUUCAUGGCGUCCACGCGCCUCACCUCCGAGCUCAACUUCCUGCUGCAGGAGAUCGACAACUGCUACCACCGGGCGGCGGAGGGGCGCGCGCCCAAGAUCGAGAAGCAGAUCCAGUCCAAGGGGCCCGGCAUCACGGAGCGCGAGCGCCGCGAGAUCAUCGAGAACGCCGAGAAGGAGAAGAGCCCCGAGCAGAACCUGUUCGAGAAGUACCUGGAGCGCCGCGGCCAGAGCAACUUCCUGGCCAAGCUGUACCUGGGCCGCCACCUGGCCAUCAUCUGCCUCAGCUCCAUCCCCAUCGCCUACCUGAGCACCUACUACGCCUGGCAGCGCCAGAACGAGUUCACCUGUGCGCUGGGCGAGCCGCCGGACGCCAGCAGCCCCCCCGAGCACCGGCUGAGCGUCAACUGCAAGCUGCCGGCGGUGCAGCUGCAGCGCAUCAUGGCGGCGGUGGACAUCGCGCUGCUCUGCACCAUGAACCUCAUCAUCCUCAUCAACCUGCUGCACCUGUUCGUGGUGCGCAAGUCCAACUUCGUGUUCGACAAGCUGCACAAGGUGGGCAUCAAGACGCGGCGGCGCUGGCAGAAGUCGCAGUUCUGCGACAUCAACAUCCUGGCCAUGUUCUGCAACGAGAACCGCGACCACAUCAAGUCGCUCAACCGGCUGGACUUCAUCACCAACGAGAGCGACCUCAUGUACGACAACGUGGUUCGGCAGCUGCUGGCCGCGCUGGCCCAGUCCAACCACGACUCCACGCCCACCGUGCGCGACUCGGGCAUGCAGACGCUGGACGGCAGCAUGGACCCUCUGGGGCUGGGCGUCGGAGAGCUGGGAGUGGAGCCCUCCGUCAUCAAACGGCCGCGCAAGAAGAUGAAGUGGAUCCCCAGCUCCAACCCACUGCCACAGCCUUUUAAAGAGCCUCUGACGUUGACCCGUCUGGAGAACAGCAUGAAAUCGGACAAGCCGAAGCCUGUGUGGAAGAAAUCGGUGGCUGACAACCUCGUAGCCCCCCUGGUGGACAACAAGAGCACACAGCACCCGCCGACCGUGGACAAGAAGCACACGCGCAACUUCUCCCUGGAUGUCCACCCCUACAUGCUGGCCAUCCCUAAGCCCAAGGAGGAGCCGGCCGUCCACAACCCGGGGCCUCCGCCCGCCGCCUUACCCCUGGAGAGCGCCUUCAUCGAGGGGCCCAUCAGCGUGAUCCACGCCCCCACCUCCAUCAGCGGUACUAAGAAAAGCCCGCCCACCACCACCAUGCCCGAGUUCACCAGGGUCGGCCGGCCAAGCACCACCUACAUGAACGGGGGCUCCACCAGCCUGGCCCCAUCCAGCCCUCCCCACCCCAUGGAGCCCCUGAGCCAGCCUCCGGAGCCCGAGGUCCAGCCGGCGCCCUUCAGCAGGAAGUCGUCCCAUCCGCUGCUGGCCGUCCACCGCACGUCCUUCAAGGAGGAGGACGUGGAACAGCUGGUCAGGGACCACCUGGCAGAGCGACCCGCCGAGCUCAUCGCCGCAGGAGAGUGCUGA